CUUCCUUCCGGCAUAAAUUCUGAUCGCACCGCCUCCCGUCUGACCGCCCGCCCCUGCACGUGGCGGCUCGGCUUUUGUCCCCAGCGCUCCCCGGACCCCGCCGCCGGCCGCCAUGGCACCCGGCCAGCUCGCCUUAUUUAGUGUCUCUGACAAAACCGGCCUUGUGGAAUUUGCCAGGAACCUAGCUUCUGUUGGCUUGAAUCUGAUCGCUUCCGGAGGGACGGCAAAAGCUCUCAGAGAUGCUGGUCUGGCAGUCAGUAUUCUGUUUACCUGUUUUCAGAGAUGUCUCUGAGGUAACUGGAUUUCCUGAAAUGUUAGGGGGGCGUGUGAAAACCUUGCAUCCUGCAGUCCAUGCUGGAAUCUUGGCUCGUAAUAUUCCAGAAGAUAGUGCUGACAUGGCCAGACUUGAUUUUAAUCUUAUAAGAGUUGUCGUUUGUAAUCUGUAUCCCUUUGCAAGGACAGUGGCUUCUCCAGGUGUAACUGUUGAAGAGGCUGUUGAGCAAAUUGAUAUUGGGGGAGUAACCCUGUUGAGAGCAGCAGCCAAAAACCACGCUCGAGUAACGGUAGUGUGUGAGCCGGAGGACUAUGCGGCCGUGUCCGCGGAGAUGCAGGGCUCCGACAGCAAAGACACAUCUUUGGAGACGAGACGUCAGUUAGCCUUGAAGGCUUUUACUCAUACAGCACAAUAUGAUGAAGCAAUUUCAGAUUACUUCAGGAAAGAGUAUAGUAAAGGAAUAUCUCAGAUGCCCCUGAGGUAUGGAAUGAACCCUCAUCAAACUCCUGCCCAGUUAUAUACCCUGAAGCCCAAGCUCCCCAUCACAGUUUUGAAUGGAGCCCCUGGAUUUAUAAACCUGUGUGAUGCUUUGAAUGCCUGGCAGCUGGUGAAGGAACUCAAAGAAGCUUUAGGCAUUCCAGCCGCUGCCUCUUUCAAACAUGUCAGCCCAGCAGGUGCUGCAGUUGGAAUUCCACUCAAUGAAGAUGAAGCCAAAGUCUGCAUGGUCUAUGAUCUGUACAAAACCCUCACACCCAUAUCCACUGCAUACGCAAGAGCAAGAGGGGCUGAUAGGAUGUCUUCCUUUGGUGACUUUGUUGCAUUAUCUGAUGUUUGUGAUGUCCCUACUGCCAAAAUUAUCUCCAGAGAGGUAUCUGAUGGUAUUAUUGCCCCGGGAUAUGAAGAUGAAGCUUUGAAAAUACUUUGUAAAAAGAAAAAUGGCAACUAUUGUGUUCUUCAGAUGGACCAGUCUUACAGUCCAGACGAAAACGAAGUUCGAACUCUCUUUGGUCUUCGUUUAAGCCAGAAGAGAAAUAAUAGCGUUGUCGACAGGUCAUUAUUUAGCAACAUUGUUACCAAGAAUAAAGAUUUGCCAGAAUCUGCACUCAGAGACCUCAUUGUGGCCACCAUUGCUGUGAAGUAUACUCAGUCUAACUCCGUGUGCUAUGCCAAGAACGGGCAGGUUAUUGGCAUUGGAGCAGGACAGCAAUCUCGGAUACACUGCACACGCCUUGCAGGGGAUAAGGCAAACUAUUGGUGGCUUAGACAUCACCCACAAGUGCUGUCCAUGAAGUUUAAAACUGGAGUGAAGAGAGCAGAAAUCUCCAACGCCAUCGAUCAGUAUGUUACUGGAACCAUUGGCAAGGGUGAAGAUUUGAUCAAGUGGAGGGCACUGUUUGAGGAGGUCCCUGAGUUAUUAACCGAGGCAGACAAGAAGGAAUGGGUUGACAAACUUAGUGAAGUUUCCAUUAGCUCUGAUGCCUUCUUUCCUUUCCGGGACAAUGUAGACAGAGCUAAAAGGAGUGGCGUGGCCUAUAUCGCUGCCCCUUCCGGUUCCGCUGCUGACAAAGUUGUGAUCGAGGCUUGCGACGAGCUGGGAAUAAUCCUCACUCACACGAAUCUCCGGCUCUUCCAUCACUAACUCCACCACACGUUACUUUAUACCCUGCCUAUGUGUAGGUGAAAAAUCAUGUAUGGAAUUUUGAAAAUAAUCCUUUUUAAAAAAUAAAGCAUUACAUUUUAAUAAU